UGAAAUCGGUUUCAUUGUUGCGGCGAGUCCUGCGUCUGCCGCCUAUAUACAUACACGUCCGGCAGAAUAGCUCGGUGCAAAAAGCGCAGCGAUCCGGUAUAGUUCGCCGACGGACACGGUUUGGUGCUGACGAUCGCGCUGUGCGGCAAUUUUUUUUUUUUCGUGUUUUACGCCACGGAUUCGUGCACGUAGAUAUCGAAUGUUCGGAGGGAAUAACGGGGUAAGCGAGUGUUGCCGCAUCGAAACCGGCGAUUUACGCCGAAUUAAGAUAUAGAAGAACCAGUUGAACGAAUCCCAAACGGCAAAGAAAGAAUUCUGCAACCUCGGAUUUACCUUCAACCCAUCAUCUGGCACAUUUAUAGCUGUUCCAGUGGCGUCAUAGAAGGAGAUUUAAUUGAAGAGUCAAGUGCAUCCACAAACGUAUACCGAGUUCCAGAAAAAAAUACAGUCUCGCACUGGUAGAUAAAGUGCAGUAGACGUUGGUACGUGCUAAAUAUAAGUCGGAAAAUAAACGAUUUUUCUUGUGACUGGGCCUGGUAAUUGAUGACGAAAUGGAUACAACGAAAGAAAAGUACAAUCCGAAUCCAAGGGAGAAGGCUAACCCCCUGUCGGUUCUGUUUUUCACAUACACACUGCCAAUGUUCAAGAAAGGUUCGAGUAAGGAACUCGAUGUGGAUGACCUCUACAACCCACUGCCGUUAGAUAGAAGUCAACACCUAGGCGACAGAUUAGAAGCAAAAUGGUUCGAUCAUCUCAACAAGUGUCGAAAGACGAAAAAGAAACCGAGUUUUCUGAAGGUGUUAGCAGCGACUUUCUGGCCAGAAUACACUUUUCUAGGCGUUAUGGUGUUAGUGCAAGAAAUUUUUUUAAGACUCUACUUACCCAUAGCGCUUGGUGAUCUUUUAGGUUACUUCAGAAAAGAUUCAACAACGACCAAGAACGAAGCCUUGUGGUACGCCAGUGCCGUGGUUGUUGUGAACGCUUGUUGUGCAAUUCUCAUAAACCAGUACAUAGUUAAUGCAUUCCAUUAUGGUAUGAGGGUUAGAGCGGCUUGCUGCUCUUUAAUUUACCGAAAAGCCUUGAGACUGAGCAGAUCCGCUUUGGGUGAGACUGCCUCCGGUAAAAUAGUUAAUUUGUUAUCCAACGAUGUGAGCCGUUUUGACAUCGUAUCAGUUAUGAUUCAUCAUAUGUGGGCGGCUCCACUGUCCGCUAUGUUGGUAAUGUUCUUCUUAUACAUCAACGCAGGAUGGGCUGGAUUAGUUGGGAUCACACCGGUCUUUAUAGUGACACCCUUACAAAGUUAUACAGGUAAAUUAUCGGCCGUAUACAGGAAGCAAACAGCCCAAAAAACAGACGAGAGAGUAAGGCUUAUGGACGAAAUUCUGUCUGGUGUUCAAGUGAUAAAAAUGUACGCUUGGGAAAAACCAUUUGCGAAACUCAUCAAAAUAGCUAGAAAGAAAGAACUCAAGGUGAUCAUAAAAUCGUCUUACGUCAGAGGUCUGUACAUGACCUUCAACCUCUUCACCACCAGAGCGGCUCUUUACUGUACCUUGAUGACGAUGGCCUUGACAAAUCAGCCUAUCACUACAUCAAAGGUGUUUGUACUAAUGAGCUACUACAACAUAUUGGCCCAAACAAUGUCUACAAUGUUCGUACGUGGUAUAUCAGAGGUGGCAGAACUUCUUGUGGCUGUUAAAAGAUUGCAAGAUUUCUUGACUAAUGAAGAAUACAUUGUGACUGCUCCUCCACCAAACAAUAAUGACUUCAGGUCGAUGUCUGAUGACGUCGAUCUAUGUUUGAAAGAUGUGACAGCCAAGUGGAACCCGUCUUCCUCUGACGACACCUUGAAGAAUAUCUCCAUAUCUGUGAGGAGGGGAGAAUUGUUGGGAGUUAUUGGACCUGUUGGCAGUGGAAAGAGUUCUCUGCUGGAGACAGUGUUAGGUGAACUGAUUAUAACCUCAGGCACGAAGAUAGUCAAUGGCACCGUCUCUUACGCUUCUCAAGAACCCUGGGUUUUCGGUGCGUCAGUACGCCAAAAUAUCCUGUUCGGUUCAGAUUACAACAAGAAAAGAUACAACGAGGUCGUACGCGUCUGCAGCUUGGAAAAGGACUUCCAGCAGUUUCCUAAUGGAGAUCUGAGCCUGGUUGGAGACAGAGGAGCUUCGCUCAGUGGUGGACAAAAGGCCAGAAUAAAUCUUGCAAGAGCUGUGUACAGAGAAGCCGAUAUCUAUCUCCUGGACGAUCCGUUAAGCGCUGUCGACGUCCAUGUGUCCAAACAUUUGUACGAGCAAUGUAUCAACGGGUACUUAAAGAACAAGGCAAGGAUUCUGGUGACCCAUCAGGUGCAAAAUCUGAAGAAUGCUGAUAAUAUCGUCAUAUUAGAAAACGGUCGCAUUGUUAGUCAAGGUCUCUUCAAUAGCCUGGCCAGCCUAGACAAUUCCUACGCUAAGUUGUUGAAAGCUGAUCCCGAACAAACUGAUGAGGAAAAGCUGAAAACAUCAAUUUCAGAACCUCCAAAAAUAACUAAGAGACAAAUAUCAGUGAGGAAAAAACUGUCAUUGGCUAGCUCUGUCAGUGAAUUGAGUAUACCAGAAAGUCUUCUUCAAGAAGAACCCGACGAGGAAGAGCUCGAAAAACGAAACUUCAAAGAUAUGCAAGAGGAAAGUUCCAAGGGAAAAGUUAAAGGCUCCCUGUUCUUGAAUUACCUUCACUCCGGAGCCAAUUAUUUCGUAGUAGCAUUUGUCAUAUACCUCUUCUUCUUCACGCAAUUCAUAGCAAGCUCCAUCGACUUUUUCAUCAGUUAUUGGGUUAGGAUAGAAGAACACCGAAACGCUACAUUGUCCACUUCGGAAAUGGCCAGGGUAUCCAUGGCCACUGCUCAAUGGUCCAAGGAAACAUGCUUGUAUAUAGGGGGUGGCCUUGUAGUAUCACUGUUUGUGAUUGCUCUGUGGAGAUCUUUAGCCUUCUACAAGCUAGCGAUGAUGUGCUCCCAGAAGCUACAUGAUAAUCUUUUCAAUAAGGUGAUCGGAACUACCAUGAGAUUCUUUGAUCUCAAUCCGAGUGGAAGAAUUCUGAAUAGAUUCGCUAAAGAUUUGGGUGCUAUCGACGAGUUGCUACCAAAAGUUAUACUGGACGCUUCACAAAUAAUGCUCAAUAUGGUUGGCUCUAUGGUAUUGGUGACAAUCGUGAACCCUUACUUCCUGAUCAUGGUAGCUCUUAUUGGCGUCUUCUUCUUGGUAAUCCGAAAUAUCUUCUUGAAAUCCUCCAAAAAUAUAAAGAGGAUCGAAGGAAUAAUGCGUGGACCAGUUUUCACCCACCUUGGAGCUUCGAUGAAUGGUUUGACGACCAUAAGAGCCUUCAAUGCCCAAGAAGUACUAUCAGAUGAGUUUGACAAACAUCAAGAUUACCAUACGAGUGCUUGGUUCAUGUAUAUUACUGCUAGUUCUGCCUAUGGUUUCAGUAUGGACUUCGCUUGUUUCAUCUUCGUUGGAAUAGUCACUUACAGUUUCCUUAUUUAUGGCUUAGGUAAGUUUAACAGGAUCACAAUCUUCCACGUUCAUUAUUUCAUACUUCUCCCUUUUUUCACAGAGUUUGGUCUUGAUGGUAGUGAAGUAGGUCUAGCAAUCACUCAGGCCAUGGCACUAACAGGAAUUGUACAAUGGGGCAUGAGACAGUCAGCUGAAAUAACAAAUCAGUUGCUUUCAGUGGAGAGGGUACUCGAAUAUGACACUCUAGAAGAAGAGCCUCAGCCUGAGAAACCUGUGUUACCAGCUUCAGGAUGGCCACCUAAUGGAAAAAUAACUUUCAAAAGCAUGGGACUUAGGUACGGUGAAGAUUCGCCCUUGGUUCUUAAGAAUUUGAACAUUGUAAUCAACCCUAGAGAAAAGGUCGGAAUAGUUGGCAGAACUGGAGCAGGAAAAUCUUCGCUCAUAUCUGCUCUCUUCCGGAUGGCACUCAUAGAAGGUCACAUAGAAAUUGAUAACAUCAAUACCAAGAAUCUUCUUCUUCAGACGCUCAGAUCUAAAAUCUCGAUAAUACCUCAAGAUCCAGUUCUGUUUUCUGGAACCUUGAGAUACAACCUGGAUCCUUUCGAAGAGUUCGACGACAACUUGUUGUACAAGGCUAUUAACGAGGUGGAGCUCAAAGAUCCCGCCAAUAUCAUGAACAGGUUGGAGACGAGAGUGAUGGAUAGAGGUUCAAAUUAUAGUGUUGGACAGAGACAACUCAUUUGUUUAGCUAGAGCUAUAAUUAGGAACAAUAAGAUAUUGAUGUUGGAUGAGGCAACUGCAAAUGUCGACCCUCAAACGGACGCCUUGAUCCAGAAGACUAUCCGCCAAAAGUUCGAGGACUGCACAGUACUUACAGUGGCGCAUAGGCUGAAUACAAUCAUGGAUUCCGACAAGGUUCUAGUUAUGGACUCUGGUACUGUAGUGGAAUUCGAUCACCCCUACGUCUUGCUUCAAAAUCCAGACGGUAUAUUCUACAGAAUGGUUGCUGAGACUGGAAGAUCAAUGAGCGAACAGCUAAGAAAAGUCGCUAAACAAAGUUAUCAAAAAUUGAAAGCGUUGCCUGAGAAUGUUGUUAGAUAAAUAUCGAACGGAAAUUUUGGAAUGAUUGGUGCUAUGUGUGAUAAAAAGAGAUUAUGAUAUACUUAUACCCAGUAUUGUAAGAGUAGGUGCCAAAUUUUUUGGAAAUUUUCGAAUUUAUAGAUUUUUCUUAUAUUUUUGAAUUCAUGC